GCUCUCCCAGGAUGGAUGCAUGUUAAAACACUGAUUUACAGCCAAAAUGCACAUACUUAAAAAGAGAUAUUUUGUUCAGAAAUUUUCUUUUCGUUUUCAUUAUAUUGUCUUUGUUUUGUUUCACUUCAUUGAGGUACCCGGAGUUGAGGCAUAGUUUUUAUCACUCUGCCCGAAGUAAAGUAAACUAAACUUUGUGGCUGACUCUGGGGCUGCACAACUUUUCGAAAACUUUCAGCAGUGGGCCAUCAUCGUACCUCUCACAAGCCAGCACAGUGCCAGAGGGGAAAGGAAGCCUAGCUUUUGCCUCUAACACUGCUGUGCUGCUACUACUACUGCCUUUGUCUGCAAGGCCAAGAAAGAGAUAGCUCAACAUGGCUGCCCGGCCAAAGUCCGCUGUAACGGCAACAACAGACGUGAACCUGGACUUCCUGACCAAGGAGGAGCGGGAGGCGUUGUUGUCACAGAAGAUGGACAUGAUCCGGCAGCGAAAUAAAGCCCUCAGUGAGAGGCACCAGAUGAUAGAAGCUGAUAAAAAAAAGGCAGAAGAUGCUGGGAUUGCAGUGAAGGCUGUUGACAGUAAAACAUUCCCUGCAGAGGGGGCACCAAAGCCAAGGGGUCGUGGGAGAGGUCAACCUCACACAAAAGAGGCUAACAGACCUGCCCGAGAGAGACCCAAGUCUUCAGUGGAAUUUCGAGAUUCUUCACACUAUGAACCCAUCGUGGACAUGUCAGAUUUGACCAACUCCAAAUCAGAGCACAAGGGCAGAGGUCGUGGGGGCCCUGGUCACAGACAGGACCAUGAAUGGGAUGGCCCAACAAACACACCCAAGAAUCGGCGCAAGCCGCAUGCUAAGGAGGAGGCCACAUUCAUUAAAAGCCAGUGCUUCUCCAAGGCAGCUACUCCUUCCCCGGGCACCUUUGAGUACGAGCCCAUCGUAGAUAUGUCAGACCUAGACCAGCGGUUUGGCCGAUUGUCCCAGCACAGCGAAACCAGGAAUUCUGCCGAUCAACUCAAUCCUGCCUCACUCAAUUCCCCUCUUCUUGAUAGGGCUGCCAAGGGCGGAUAUUCUGGUCACAGGGGAAACAAUCGUAGACACGAUGAUGCUGACGGAAGGUCUGACCGUUCUAGCCGGAGGAAGGACAAUACCUACAGCAGACCUGUUUCGGGUGACCACCCCUCAACUGGGGAAUAUGACGGACGGCUCAAGGGAGACAAUGGCCCCCCACCGGAUCCCACUUUCAAUCCUCUCGCUGACCGGCGGAGACACGAGAGGAAAGAGGACAGCUCGGGCGACCACCGGCGACACCCACGCAACUAUGGCGGUGGGUCAGACCUGGCGCGAGUCAAGCAGAGCAUGAAGACCAUGAGAGAAAAGGAGAAAGAGUUUCCGGCGACCAACAAGCCCUUGGAAAUCAUGAUGACUGGCAAGGAGCGGCGUAACCAUGAGGAGUGGAAGAAGGAGCGAGAACGGUGCGACCGCGAGCGUAUCCAGCGACAGCUUGACGACUCUGGGACAUGGCGAAGGGCCUGGGAUGUCGAGAAAAUCCAGCAGGAGUAUGAGGAUUCUUCUUACCAGUCAUCCAGACAAGAGCCAGCCAAAAGACCAGCUGGUCGCAUCGGCAGUGGUCGGUUUGACCGAGGGGAGAGAGAUGAGAGACCUCGCAGCGCCAUCAUAGGGAAAGGGGGCCUACAACCCAACUCCCCGCCCCAGCAGUCUCCGCUGGAUCAGCACCACCCCCCACCCAUGUCCCCCCAGCCCGGGGAAGGGAAGGCUCCUCGUGGCAGAGGGCGGGGGAGGGGGAGGGGCCGGGGUAAGACCCCGGGUGCUGGUGGCGGCAGCGGGCCCGACAAGUCUCCCCGGCCCAGGACCUGGUCGGGGGGAGACGACCGUUUUGUGGAGUGCCAGAAGGAGCUGCUGCUGGUCAAGUUUGAAAACACAGCUGGUGAUAACAGUGUUGAGGUGGAGUACGAGGGUCAGCAGCUGCCCGUGUCUCCCCCGGCGACGCCAAAGUCUGGUGGAAGUACACCAGGCCGAGGUCCCACUGGGAGGACUCCCAACCAGGGAGGCUCGCAGAAAUCUCAGGGCAGGGGAGGCAAAUCCCCACACAAGCAGCAGAAGCCAGGCAAACACGGCAAGGGAGGCAAGCAACCUCCAGGCUCUGGCCAUGAGGACUGGGACCCAGAGUUGUCCACCCAUGGCCCGCCCGGUCCAGCGAUGGAUGGUCGGGUUCGAUCCUCAUCCUCUCACUCACAGAGCUUCGGGGACAGCGAGGAGUGGGAGGACUGCACAGAGUCGAGUGGUGUGCCUGAUGAGGAUGACUACGCUGCGGCCCUGAAGGGUGCCAUGGACAUGAACUCUGACCUCCACCUAGAGUGUCGGUUGAACCCAGAGGCUCCCGAGUUCCUGCCCACCUCCCCAGAUUUCUUGAAGACACCACCUGGGCACGUAAAGGUGCUGAACUGGGCGGCCAGUGUUGGUAGCCCCACCUCACCACUGAGCCAAGGCUCGAACACAUCCCCUCGGUUCUCAGCACCAAACACUGUGACAUCCAACACGUCGCCAAAGUCAGCCUCCAACGUGUCUCCGAGAUCGGCCUCAGAUGCAUCAACAACUUCCUCCCCAGGCUCAUCUGCAUCUCAGAAAGCCGCCAAAAAGCGAGAGGAGGUGGACGAUGUGCCAAUGGCUGACGAGCCCCACCCUCCUCCCUUUCUAAUGGAUGCUGUCGCGGACAAGUCUCCUGUUGUGAAGCCCUCAUCUAGUGUGAAGGAACAGAAAGAAGUGGAAAGUAAAACUGUGGCCAAUGACAAAGAUGAGGAGGAGGAGGAUGGAGAUGAAGAGUUCGAAGAUGUCCCCGAGGACACAGUGGAGAUAGUGACAGGGUCCCAACCUGUCAAAAGCCUUAGUGAUGAACUCUCAGAGAGUGAGGCUCUUAAUGGUCCAAAGGAAGAGAAGAGCCCUGUGGCCAGUGCGGAGUGCUCGGACACCGGGGCACCUGCCACCAGUGGUGAGCCAGAGGCUGGGGAGAAGAGCCCAGAACUGACCACUUCCGGCACAGACGACAUUCCUCCCCCCUCGGAAAGCCUCCCAACAGAUUCCCCUCCUGUGAACACCAAACCACAGACCCCUGAUGUGAAUGGAGCCCCUGACUGUAGCACACCCUCUGCUCUUCAGGAACCGCAGAGUUUGGAUGAAAAGAUUGAGGAGAAGUCUGCCGAGGAAUCACAGCCUCAACCCCCGGCUGACACCCUCUCAGCACCGGCUGACACCCUCUCAGCCCCGGCUGACGCCGUCUCAACCCCGGCUGAUGCCGUCUCAACCCCGGCUGAUGCCGUCUCACCCCCGGCUGACGCCCUCUCACCCCCGGCUGAUGCCCUCUCACCCCUAGCCUCGACUGACCUUGCUGAGAUCAAGUCGUCUGAAGCCUCCGAGACUGCUAUCUCUCCGUCAGACAAGGCUUCUUCUCCUACAGAGGAGAAGUCUGCGCAGGAGCUGGACAAAGUGGCCAGCCGUGCAGACACCUCUGCCCGCCCCUCAGAGGUAGUCUCCGCUACUGCUGCACAGAACGGUAGCGAUGAUGGUUCCAAUGGCUGUGGAGACACUCCAGACGCCAAGGAACCCACUGGUCCCGAGGGACCCAAAGACAUUGACAGCCCAAAGCCCAAGUCUGUGAGCGAGUGUGACAGCCCCACCUCUUCCGCGGCGGCCCCUACUGCUGCCAGUGUGGAGGCUGAGGACAGCUCGCCAUAAACUGCCCACUGCUGACCUGUCUGCGGAUGGCCUUGCCUGCUCAGGUUGAGGGCUUGGACUGGUGGCCUACAGUUGGACCCAUAACACAGUGAUCCCAGUCUGCUCUCCUCACCUGAUGCCAUCGCAGAGACAAAGAAUCCAUUUCGUUAAAAACCUGGGAAAGCAUUUGUCCUUAUCUUUUGCUGUCUCUCAUUCACCGUCUCUCUAUCAGUUUGUCUGUCUGUCUAUCAGUAAUCCCAAUUCUAUCAGUUUGUCUGUCUGUUUUCCCAGGACAUUAUUUUUUUUUUUUCACCUUGCGACCCUAGCCCACCCGUUCAAGUGUGCACGCGUGUGUGUGAUGUGAUAAUUCAUAGGGAUAUAUUUUAUGUAAGUCAUUCGUAUACUACUACUACUCCUACUGAUAUUUUCUUUUGAUGGGUGGAGGGCUACAGUAUAUCAGUAUAGGUUGUAUACAAAUGUAUUGUUUCCCUAGCUGACUUGUGCACACAUAUGGCUUGCUGUCGGUUUAGUUGAAGGUCUACUGCGAUGUUCCUGGUUUAGUUGGAGGUGUACCUACCCCCAGACCAGUCUGACAGCUGGAUUAGUUGAAGGUCUGCCAGUUUAUAGUCUUUAGGCUUGUGACAGGGAUCAGUUAGGGUAUUUAUAGGCUUGGGACCGUCACGGGCCAUAUUAAAAAUGUUUUAGUGGUUGUAGUUUGUCAGGGGUGUGUGAGGGGGGGAGGGGGGUGAAUUCCUUGAACAUAGUCCCGUCUGGUUGCUUAUCGUGACAUACUUGUCAAAAUUCUUUGAUCUAAAUGACAGGACAACAUGAAUCGGUCCACCCAACCAUACACCAACAUUGUAAACGCCACCACCUUUGAUCUAAAUGCCCCUCGGCACUUUCGUUACUGUGGCCAAUCAUGAAGAACUAAUGCUAUGUGUGACCGCUUAGAUCUUGGGAGACUGGUCGAUUUGGCGGGACGUGCGGUAGACCGCCGUUGCGCAGUUGACCUUGAACUGAACCGGCACCCAUGGCUUGAUUGUUUUUAAACCUUCAAAGGACUCUAUGUAUACAUAAAGCAUGUAUUUUUUACCUUGAGAGGUUUCUGUAUGUAUACACAUAAAACGUGCAAUAAUAUUGUAGGAAGAAAUUGUAAUAGAGUUCAUUACUUACUAUUCACAUUAUUUCCUGCUUGUUCAGUUUCUGAUUAUGUAUUACUUCCCCUUGGCAGAGGUUUUCUGCUCACUAGGUUAACUAAUUUAUCAAAGUGAUGUGGCUACAUAUGAAUUCAGUUAUGACAAUUUCUGUAUCAUGCUCAGCAUUUUGCAUCUGUAAUAAUCCACUCUCUUUUGAAAAAAAUGUUUUUUUCUUCUUUUCGGCCUUUCUAUAGUUUUGUUGUGUGUACCAGAUAUUUCUUUCUUAUUUUCUGUUUUACAAUUUGAAACUUUUCUCUUUUUUGUUUUUUCUUUCUUGAUCGGUGUUAGUUUAUUCAAAGGAACAGAAAGCAAUAAAGCAAAAAGCGUUAGCUAUUAUCAUUUUUCUUUGUACCUGUACUUUCACCUUGCCCUUUGUCUUUCGAGUACAUACAUCUCUCUGAUCCAAAUGUUCUGAGCCACUUAGAGAUAGUUGUGGCAUUCUGGAGCUCAGAAUGCGUGUGGUGAUAUAGUUCUCUGCUUCUGAUCUUCGGGUUUUACAUUGCUUUGUGCAGUAUACUAAAAUGAAAAAUUUUUUUUUCGUCAAAACGUGCUUUUCAGUUGUGCAAAUGAAACAAAUGUAUCAUUGACAACCAAGAUUCUAUGCAGAUCAUUGUAUACCUGCCUUCAGUUGUGAAUAUAUGACAUUUUCUUAUAUACUUGCACAAGUGCUCAUGGGAUGGGGUCUGUAGCAAUGAUGUACAUUUUUGCCUAUUCACUCUUGGAAUUAUGAGGCACUAUGUAGCAUUGUGUAGCUGACCUUGAUAUUGGACUUUUUUUCUUUCUUUCCCUUUUGAGCUGACAGAUUUCAGUGUUUGUAUUUGUUUCUUCUCUACUCACUUAUGAUAUUACUGAAUAUAACAGUUUGCUUUAGAUUUUUAUCCUAGAGUGCCUAGAGUAUUUCAACUUUUCAUCUCGUGGAGUGAGACUGGGGUCUUUUGAGCAGGUUCAGUGAACUCUGUUACCCAUACAAAUUAUAUUACAGUUCAGUCUUCCGGCAGAUCAUGCAGUUCCACAUCUAGGGGAAAAGAUACAAGGUCCUAGCUCUUCUAACAGUUAAUCCUAAACUGUGUUUAAAACCGCUCAGAAAUUCAAGUUAAAAGGUCAGGGUUUUUAAAACAAUUAGUUAACCUCAAGGAAAAGGUAUUUGAAGUUCUAGCAAUACUGAUAACAAUUUUGAGAAAGAGUUUUGGCCUAAGGAGGCAUUCAACUUGAGAGAAAAGUCAUAAAGUCAUUGGCUAUGAUAUCAGCAAGCAGGUACUAGUCUGAUUAUGUUUAAAAUCCACACUACCUCCCAAUGUCCCAAAGACUAGAUUUAAUAUAGUAUUGAGAUUUGUAUAUUUGAAUGAUAUAAGAUAUUUCAUUAUGUAGUUUUUGUACAUCUCUGAAAUUGAAGUGCGAAAUCAAAGCGUCUUUUGGGGAAUAGACAGAUAAUGGAAGAGAAACACAGUUAUUGUUGUUUUUCAUCCUGAAUGAGACAAUCAAGGAUUGGGGCCUUACUUAUUAAACUAGAGCAGGCUUACUGCUAAGGAUGAAUUUUUCUUCUCUUGUAAAUCCUUAUUAUUCAAAGUCCUGUAUCUUUUGUCAUUGGGCCUCCUCUUAUCUUCUGAUUCAUACUUGAAAGAAUUUAUGGAUAUUUUUCUUUUACGUAUGUAAUGUUCAAAGUUGACAUUUGGUUGUGUCUGUACAAGAUGACUCAUUCCUGACCCUGAAGCAUUAUUGUACCAUAAGCCAUUUGAGGUUAAUGGCAGUUUUGAAAGGAUGCAGAAAGGAAGCGGAGCAGAAGGAUGUGCUUUUUGACAGUUAUGGUCACCUUGUAGAGAUUUCAACUGCACU